CAGAUUUCAAGUUAAAGGAAAAGAUACAGAAGGCCUUAGAAUAUAACUCAUGUUCAAUUUCUAACCCUGCAUCAUGAAAUCAAGUGAGGCUGUUUUCACCAAAAAGAAUCCCUUUCCUCCAGAACCACGCCGAACUAAAAGCCAUUACAGUCCAUCUAGAGCGAAGAAGAUCCCCAAACAACAGAAAAAGCUGGCGCUGAGCCCUGUCCGGUUUACACCGUCAGCCAGUCCUGCAGAGUCUCCUCCUCCUCACGGUGUGUCUCUCAUACCAGACGACCAGAACUUACUUGAAGGCUCGCACCGUGUCCUUCUCUGUCCUCCUCAAUCUGUGACAGGGCAACAGAACUACUCAGAGUCCUGGCCCUCUACGGAUCAGAGUUCUUCUCCUUCCAGCACUGAUGUUCAACAUCCACGGCACACAGAGACCAGUGAAACACAGGAGCCUUCUGUGCUGGCAAAGUACAUUGAGCGCUUCCGUUAUGGAAGGCCUCAAAGCCGUGGAGAAAGGCAGAAGUUGGCAGCUGAUGGUGCAGACAGUCAGCCAUUUUGGUGGAUGUCCUCAAAUCCUUCACAGCCAUCUAGCUCAACUCCAAACCAGACAUCUAAACAAUGCUUUGGAGGAUCAUUAGAGUGUAGAAAUAAUGGCACGGGUAGUGCACAAGACCUGCUCAGACAUCAAGCAGACACUUCACUUUCUCCCACCAGAGGCCUGCUUGACCUGAGUGCGCUUGCCUUAUCUGAUUCCUCACACUGUGAGCAAGGAGAGCUAGAAAUCCUUCAGCUGCAGGAGAGAGCCAGAAGACUUCUGCAGAGAAGUGAGCACUCACUGAGCAGUGGAUCCAGCUGCGUACCCAUCAGUUCUGAAGGCCUGGGUUGCUCUGAUUUCUCCUCUCCUGUUAGUGUCGAUGAGCCGGUCCGAAAGCUCACAGUUUCCAGCUUGAUAGAUAACGCCACCUCUCACUUUACUAUAGGUCCACUUCCAGCUGCCGCUGCUCCAGGCCCUGUAGGAUCACGACCUCGGCAAGAGGAUGACAUUCUGUUCCAGUGGCGCCUGCGGAGAAAGAUGGAGCAGGCCAGACAGUGGAGUCACACCUUGUCCAAUAGUUCAGCACUUCAGCCUGCUCAGCCCUUACUGAGCAGGCUGCCAUUGCAAACACAGCCUGGACUUUCUUUUACACCGGCACCUGUGGAGGCAACAGGCAGCAUGAGUACUCCUGGCUCCUGGCCUGUUCAUGACCCAGUGACCAGCCAAAUCCAACCUGCAUCCAGUAUCCAUGCCAUGACUGAGUCCAUCACUCCGAGUCACUCGGUUUCAGUUAAACUGUGUGACAGAGAGAAGGGCACUAAUCAGCCCCAGGCAGCCCAUUCCUUCCCCCAGCUCUCUCUAAGAGCACAGGCUUGCUCUUCAGAGGGCUCACAAAAUCUGUGCAGUAAGCAGCAGUAUUCGUCUUCUCCAUCUCCAUCUCUUUCUCCACAACCUGCUCAGAGCUCAGAGGGAGAUGGAGGGAGCAUAAAAUCCAACAGCAGAGUGGAGAGGGAUAGGGGCAGGAAGAAAUCCGUGCCAUUUACCCAAAAGAAGAAAGCAGAUAGGCAUGUGGAAGACAGAGAUAUGGUUAAGAGGAAUCAACAGGCUGUCAAGGCCAGAGACAGGCACGCUAGGGGUCAAGAGAAGGUUCGCGCGAAAAACAAAGAGAAUUCAGGAAGCAGAGAGAGACAGAGUUCAACGCAAGCUGUUUGUCCACGUGAUUCACCAAUACACAACACUCUCGGCCAGGUUGUUUCUGAGGUGUUAUUCCCCAGUGCUGAUUCACCAGUCCAGCCCAGAACCCCACGCUCCUCCACCUCUCCCAUAUCCACACCUCCAGCACCUCCCCAUUCCCCGACGCCUACCCCUCAAAGCUCAUCCCAAUCGAGUGAGGUCAUAGGUCAGCUGAUGCAGGAGGCACAAGACUCAGAUGGGAUGGAAUUUGAAGACGAUCCCUUACUUUUAGUUCUUCGGCAGCAGAGAAACUGGGUGAAAGAGCAACUCUGUGAGGUUGACAUGCUGCUGGAUAAAUUCCAUGAAGACUGAUCUACAAAUCUACAAAAACGAUGCACUUGAACACACAAUCAUGUUUAUUAUUUCAAUUCAAUACACUGUCUUUUUAUUUUGUUGUUUGCAAAUAGAUAUAAAUGUGUUUAAAUAUGUAAAUAA